UAAUCUCAUAGACCAGGAUUUACAGUAUCACCGCCGGGGAAUGGCUUCCAAUAGCUGGAAAAGCAACGUUAUUUUGAAUGUUCUUUCCUUCCUUGACUACAAGACAGGAAAAUUCAUCAUUGCAGAAAGCAAGAGAGUCGGCACUUUGUACAGAGUUAUACAAUUAUCCAUCAUUGGAUACCUUGUUGGGUAUGUAUUCCUGAGCAAGAAGUCCUACCAGGCCAAAGAGGAAUCUAUCCAGAGUGCUGUGAUUACCAAACUGAAGGGAGUGGCAGUCACCAACACCUCAGAGUCCGGACGGAUGGUUUGGGGGCCUGUGGACUAUGUCAUUCCACCCCAGGGGGAAGCAGUUUUUUUCAUUGUUACCAAUUUUAUAGAGACACCAAACCAGAAGUUGGGCAACUGUGCUGAGAGCCCAGGUGUGCUGGAUGGCUUCUGUAAGAUAGAUGAAGACUGUGCAGAGGGAGAGUCGGUGAAAGCUGGCCAUGGAGUUAGGACAGGCCGCUGCUUGAGAGACAAUGGGAAAUCCAGUGGUACAUGUGAGAUAUAUAGCUGGUGCCCCGUUGAGAGUUGCCACAAACCACAAGGACCGUUAUUAGCAUAAGCUGAAAACUUCACCAUCUACAUAAAAAAUUUCAUCCGAUUUCCCAAAUUCAGUUUCUCAAAGGCCAACAUUCAGGACACAGAUGACAAAUUCCAUCUGAAGAAAUGUCACUACGAUGAGCUCCUUGAACCCUACUGCCCCAUAUUUCGUCUGGGAGACAUUGUUAACCAAACUGGACACAGCUUUCAGGACAUGGCUUUGAAGGGUGGUUCAAUUGGAAUUCUGAUUGGGUGGAAUUGUGAUCUUGACAGAGAUCACUCAGAAUGUCAGCCACGGUACACCUUUACUCGCAUUGACGUUAAUGGGUCCAGCGAGUCCUCAGGAUUCAACUUCAGACAUGCUCGCCGUUACAAAAGUGAUUCUGGACAAAUCUACCGAACACAAUUCAAAGUGUAUGGCAUACGCAUCAACAUCAUAGUGCAUGGAAUGGCUGGAAAGUUCUGUAUCAUCCCCACUGUUAUCAAUAUAGGCUCAGGACUAGCUUGUAUUGGUGGUGGGGCCUGGUUCUGUGACUGGAUUCUUCUCUACCUGAUGAAAAAGAGGGAGUUCUAUAAGCACUGGAAGUUUGAAAGCGUGAAGAAGAAAGACAGCAACUCCCCUAACAUCACAGAACACCAUAACAGUCCUACAGAGGAUACAAAACAAACCCCAGAAGAGCAGCAGCUCACUGACCUAUCAACUGAGUUUUAACACCAUGGCAGCAGGGUUUUCAACUGAGUUUUAACACCAUGGCAGCAGCUCACUGACCUAUCACCAGAGGUUUAAUCAUGGCAGCCGGUCACUGACCUAUCACCAGUGGUUUAAUCAUGACAGAAGCUCACUUAGCCGUACCUAAAGAAGCCGGCGUAAAAGAAACACCUGAGCGGGAUGCCACACAUUCUGGUCAUGAGGAGAGAGAGAAAAGCUGUCAGAGAGGUUCUCAUCUGCACUGUUCAACCAAUCCACACUCUUUGGAUCUAGGUAGAACCCUUUUGGGUUCCAUGUAGAACAAAAAAGGGUUCUAAAAUGGUUCCCUUUUAGGUUUUAGAUUGCACCUUUUUUUCUAAGAGUGCAGUAAAUGUGGAGGAGGAAUAAAAAUAAAGUGUCGCCUUGUUAAUAUUCCGGAUGAAAAGAAAUUCAGAGAGCAAGCAAGCACGUGCCGUAGCUAGCUGCUAACCAGAUAUUAGCUAGCGUUAUCUAGCGAUAAUGGAAUCUCCGACAAAGUUGACACCAACAAAAUUGAUAUGUGGUCUCUGUCGACUUUGUGGCAAGAACUUAAUCUCAAGGAAAGACAGGCACUAUAGUCUAUAGGCAUCUGCUAUACAGUGGGGGAAAAAAGUAUUUAGUCAGCCACCAAUUG